AUGUCGUAUCAAGGAUCACCAUAUUCGGGCCCCGGGGAUGAAUACGACUUUGAAGAUGAUGGCUACGAUGAUAUAGAUGAAUAUAGAGAUCCGGAAGAUGCAUUGCCGCCGCCUUUAGUUGAUGAUAGUGAUGAAGAUACAGAAGAAGCAAGUGAGACUGAGCUACCAAAUGAUGAACCUCAUGAGUUAAAGGAACAGGUCUAUGAGGUAAAGUUAAUGAAUCUCAAGAAGCAGCUACAGCAACUAGAAGAUAAUAUUUACCCCGAGUUCAACAGAAGAGUGAAGCGUUUGGAACACCAGUUGCAUGAGAGACUACGACUAAAUAAAAUAUAUAAGGAGCACAUGUAUGAAGUAGUAGAGAGGGAGUAUAUCGCAGAGAAGAAGGCAGCUGCUAAAGAGUUUGAAGAUAAGAAGAUUGAGCUGAAGGAAAACCUACUCAAGGAUCUGGAGGUGAAACGGAAUGCAAUUGAGAGUGAACGGAACAGCAUGGAACUGAAUGGAGACUCCAUUGAGGUGAAGCCGCCAAUGAAAAGAAUACUGCGGAGACGUGCUAACGAGCCUGCCCCUGCACCAGAAAAGCGUAGGAAACCUCUCGCCACCACGUUGACGUUUCAACUCGACGACAGGGAUAUUGAUGCAGAUCUCAGAGCCAUAUCGAGGAAUUCACCACCACCAAGGCACCAUACUCCCUCCCAUAAUUCUACACAGCCUAGGAAACGCCAUAAUUCAAAUAGUUGUGAUUCUCCAGGUAGAGAGAAUGUGUCUGAGCGAGAGAUGACUGAGACCCGAGUGGAAGAUGGAAAAUUGCUCUACGAGAGGAGAUGGUUCCACCGGGGACAAAGUGUCUACGUAGAGGGCAGAGACAUGCCGCGUUUCCCAGCACAUAUACACGCUAUUACUGAUGAAGCGGUCUGCGUAAAGAAGACGAACUCGGAACGCGUCCGGAUAUUCGUGACGCAGUUAGCCCGCGGCAAAGUGACGUUGAAAAGACGCGCGUCUUAG